AUGGAGAACGAGCACACGUUCAUCGCUCCCGAAGGCGUGUAUUCCGUCACCGAAGAGCACAAGCCGACCGCGCUGCAUGUCCCCGCUGCGCCUGCUCUCUAUCCAAGUCGGAUAUCUACGGUAACCGUUCGAUUCCCGGCUCUAAAGACAGGGCCAUCACAGGGCUUCGCGCAGCUCCUUGGUGGCAACAAGGAGAACAGGCGGGAAAAAGAGAAGGAGAAAGAGAAGGAAAGAGCAGCGAAGGAGAAGAGGGAUGAUAGCGCCAGUGUAUCCAGCAGCGAUACCGAGGGCAAUACCUCUCCGGACCCCUCUAAUCCCUCGGCUGGCCAGGAGAACCCGCCAGCAUCGCCGCAGAUAGCACACGACCAACCACACACCAUAUUCUCUCAUCCGUCAUCCGGAGGAAAGAAGAAGACAGUCUCAAGACCGAAACAUAACCUACGGACUACUUCAUCCACCUUUAUUACGCGUCUGCAGAGCGCGGAAGGGCUAGCAAAGACACUACAGUCUAAGCAAGGCGAGGCCACCUUUCUAUUCUACAAUGCGGCCAAGAAUUUCUUCUGGACGGAGGCGGGAGUGAAGUCAAAGGUACUCAUGACCAUAUCCGACAGAGAGCCACUUUCACGCAUCACCUUCUCUGCAUAUCCUACAUGUCACGACGUGAAUCUCGCUACGGUGUCCUCCGAGCGAAUAGACAUUGUCAUCGGCUUCAGCACGGGCGACCUGGUGUGGUUUGAUCCCAUCUCCUCCCGCUACGGUCGGCUUAACAAGGGCGGAUGUAUAUCGAAUUCGCCAUGUACGUCCGUCCGCUGGGUUCCUUCUUCGCCGACUCUCUUCUUAGUCUCUCAUGCCGAUGGGACCAUCAUCAUUUAUGAUAAAGAACGGGAGGACGGCACCUUCACUCCGCAGUCACCGUACUCCAUGGUUGCUGCGCGAUCGUCGACCUUAGACAGUAAUGCGUCGUCAUCCGACUCGGAUUCAUUCAAAGGAGAAUGGAAUCCUCUAGAUCGAAUAUUCGUGACUAUGCCACCAUGGCAUCCAGUUACUGCUCUCAAUGGUGGGUUUACAGGAGGGAGUGGUAGGGGCGAGAAGGAGAAAGCCGCGAAGAACCCCGUCAGCCACUGGAGAGUGUCGCGGCGGAGUGUUGUCGAUUUUGUUUUCUCUCCUGACGUUAAAUACGUGGCAUGUAUAUCGGAGGAUGGCUGUCUACGAGUAAUUGACGCACUAGCAGAGCAGCUGGUCGACUGCUAUGCGUCAUAUUUCGGCGCGCUCACAUGUGUUGCGUGGUCCCCGGACGGCCGAUUUAUCAUAACCGGGGGCCAAGAUGACCUUGUUACAAUCUUCUCCCCUUGGGAACAACGUGUUAUCGCUCGAUGUCAGGGCCAUUCAUCCUUCGUUUCUGCCGUGGCAUUCGAUGACAUCAGAUGCGAUGGCCGGACAUAUCGCUUUGGUAGUGUCGGCGAGGACAACAAACUCAUCCUAUGGGACUUUUCAAGCGGUGCCCUUCAUCGACCGAAGCUGCAGGCGGCUCAUCACCAACGAAUGUCCAUGUCAUCCAGCCUCUCGCUCGCCUUCCGGCGCGAACGUUCCACCCUCCAUUUACCACCCUUAGGCUCCCCUGAUGCUGACGGAAUACCACCUCUCCCACGAUACCACCCCGCCCCCUCCCGGAACGAGGUUGCCAUAGUGCAGCCCGUGCUCGUCAAGCCCGUGGAGGGCGACUUGCUCAGCGAUAUCGCGUUCCUCCCGCGGGGCAUGCUCACCGCGAACAAGGCCGGGUAUAUCAAGUUCUGGAUCCGCCCGCUCGCUGUGCGGCAGCGCCACCUGAAGAACACUCCGCGUGGGCAUUCGAUGGCGGAUGUACGAGAUUUGAUUGCUUGA